GAAAAAUUAUUUCACAAAAGUGCUGAUGCACCUCAGUGAGAAGCAUCUUGUGACAACUGUUGUUUUCGCUUAUUUUUGUUGACGAUCUACAGAAUCUUGCUGGGCAAAGUCAUCUGUUCUGUUCAGGACUGUUCGUUUUUCUUAUAAUGUUCCAUUCGUAUAGCAACGUUCCAAAUUCUAUCGUUCGACAUUUUAAAAUUCAAGGUCUUGGUAUGAGCCGUCAAUGUAUAAAGAAUAGUCAAAACAAGGAGAGUGAUUUAGACAGAAGGGUGAGAGUUAAAGAAGAAAACAAGAGACAUAUUCUAUUAAAAAAUGAAAACUCUAUUAAAGAACGGGAAAAAUUGGGAUUUCCACCAAAGUAUCCAACAUUGACGACAUUAGAAGAUUCCACAAAUAUAUCCAAUCUUGCGUCAGCGUCUUCACUCAACCGACUUGAAGAGAGAAGGGGUAUUGACAGACGGAAGCCUCAAAAUAUGUCUCCGGGGGACAUUAGUGCAUUCAGAGAAGGUUUAAACAUGGCACCUCCGGAGACCUUGAAUAAACCAUUACCAAUGCAUGAUAAAUUCAUUAGUGACCAAGUAAUUCGAGGAAGGUUUGCCGCAAGCCUAAAAAGUGAGAACUAUCAGUCCAAACAGCUAUUAAGGACUUCGAUAUUUCCACAACUUGAUAUGCUAAAUACCAGACGUUUAACUGGAGAUGACAAAAUUGCACAAAGUUACCUGUAUACAUCAAGUUAUCAAGCAGCAUAUGGAAACCGAUCGAAUUUUUACGGAAAUACGUGCCGACGCUUAUACCCGAUAAAAAGUUCCGAGGCUGUUGCAGACCCAAUUAGAGGUCUUUUGGAUAGUGAUUCAUAUUACCCUGCUACCAAGUCAUGGAUACCGGAACUAUUCAAUCCAGUUCAAUAUGAUCAAAAACAAGCAAGAUAUCUUCAUAUAAAAGAAGACCGACCAUAUGAAUUUUGUUCUUAUAAUUCAAGAAUUAAUCAAAUUCCUGGUUACAGAGAUUGUUGAAUAGAUUGUUAAUCGAUACUACCGAGUGAUGUCUGCUCAUGAGACUGUGUGAUUGAUACAAGCCACUGAAUGAUUAAAUAUCCAGAACAAACCAUUAACCAGGUGAAUAGGUUUUUGAAUUAAUGAAUCAAUUAAAGCUAGACCACGUUAGAAAACCUGGAAGCACUGGAUGGCCGUCUCGUCCUAGUAUGGGACUUCUCAUCAGUGAAAGGGCACUGUCCAUGUGACAUAAGAAAGGUUAAGGUGUAAACAAAGAACUUACAAAUUAUCAUGAGAGCAUCAGGAUCAAAGUAAACUAAAGUAUCAAACGUAUCGCUUCUGAAUGCAAAGAGCAGGCUUGAAGCAAUGAAUUGU